AUGUUACGACCGGCUGCCUCGCCCUGGAGGACCUUCUCACGCACAUCGGCUGUUGCCAUACGGCGGACGCCCAUUGCUGCGCGAUGCAUCAACAUAUCUGCCACCAACUCGUCAACGGAGCCGGCGCUGCAACAGGCAGUCAGUGUUGAGGGCACAGCGACACCCAUGCAUACUCCAGACGCCCGUUUCGAAGUCAUAGGCACCCCCUUCUCCCUCCUCUCAGUCUCCCUCUCCGCUUCACAGACGCUCUACACCCGCCGCGGAACAUUAGUCGGCCUCAGCGGAAAGUCAGAGAACACACUAUCCACCCUCUCUUUUCUCGAGCCUUUCCAGAGAGCCCCCGUCGGCAUUCCAUUCCUCUACCAGAAGGUGUCUUCUACGAGCCCCGUCACAGCUCUCGUGUCCACCAAGUCACCCAUAUCAAGCAUCGUUUCAGUCAACAUGGAUGGAAGAGACGACUGGAUCAUCAGCCAAAGACAGGCAUUGCUUGCGUGGACUGGCCAUACUUUGAAGCUGAAACCGCAGUACAAUGUCAAGCUGGGCCUUGCACACUGGGGAAACACAUACAUCACAGGUAGAGGACUACUCGCGCUUGCUGGUAGCGGGCAAAUAUACCAGGUCCAAGUCAAGGCUGGCGAAAGCUAUGUCGCACAUCCUAGUAACGUCGUAGCGUACACAGCUUCUAACACACCACCCAUUCCGUUCCGAUUCAAGUCAUCGAACCUCCGCUUCCAGGUGCCAGAUCUCGGUUUUGGCUCCAUGGUCCAAAACACCAAGUUUUUCCGCACCAUGAGCAAGACAGGGACAUGGCGAGCUCUAGCGACGACAUAUUACACCCUCAAGACAUGGUUGCGGAGGACGGUCUGGGGCGACAGGCUAUUCCUUCGUUUCGAAGGCCCAACCACCAUGCUGAUCCAAUCUCGUGCCUCACGAAUCAGCGACGUCCUUACCUUGAGAAAUGUUGACGAAAUUGCGGAUAGCCCACCAGGUGCCGUCGAAGAUGCUGUUACACGCAAAAUCAAAGAGGAAAUCAAAUCAAUAGGAGAGGGCACAAAAGCACCGAUACCCAACACAGAUGCUUCGGGGACAGUGCGGUAUGCUACUGUAAAAGAUGGCAAGGCUGAGUUUGAGAAGCCUGCAGUAGAGAAGCCUUCGGUAUAG